AGUUAAAAGAUAGAAGACAGCGAUAUGCGGGGAGAACAUCAGACAUCAGAGGUCGAUAGUUUUGCACAAUUGAGUGUCGUGAGUGCUGGAGAAUAGAUAUCUGAGGAAGAGAAUUGCUGUGGGAUUAUUCUACAUCCGACUACACUCUCACGCGAGAAGAGGAGGAGUAACAUCGAUGGACGACGCGCCGGUCGAGUACUCGUCCUCGAUAAUCGGCAUCGUUACCGCAGUCUGCGGCAACAUCAUAAUCAGCAUCGCGCUGAACUUACAGCGGUACGCGCAUCUACGACUGAAGCGGGAGGGCGCGGCCAGUGAACGAGUUGGUGGACUGAGUAGUAGUAGUGCGUCGAGCGGGAGUGACGCGGACGAGCAAGAGGGAGUGGGUGGCACGGUGCAGAGUCUAGAGCGGAUGGUGAGCGGAGAAGAUGGCGAGCACAACGUGAGUAAUUACGGCGCGCUUCAGAAUUUUGACGAGGCGGCGGCGGCGGGGUCGCCGAAAUCUGCGGGGUCGCCGGUGCUGCUUGAGGUUAUUGGCAAAGACGACGUGCGGUUGGCGGAUAGGGCGGCGGGCAGGGCGGGGACGAUCGGCGGGGGUGUGGCGAGUAGGGCGAAGGUGCUGGGGAUCGAGAGGACGGGGUCGGCGACGGAGUCGGUGGGUGGGCAUGAGGGGAAAGAGAAGAUUCCGGGGUAUAUGAAGAGCGGGUAUUGGUGGCUGGGUAUAGUCUUGAUGGUCACAGGCGAGGCGGGCAACUUCCUGGCCUACGGAUUCGCACCGGCAUCAACAGUCUCUCCGCUAGGAGUCGUGGCGCUGAUAUCAAACUGCAUAGUCGCGCCGAUAUUUUUCCACGAGAACUUCCGCGUGCGCGACCUCCUAGGCGUGCUCGUCGCGAUCCUCGGCGCAGUCGUCGUCGUCCUCGCGUCGAAUCCCCAGGAAGAUUACCUAGACGCGCACCGCAUCCUACAAGCAGUCUCGCAGCUCUCGUUCCAGAUCUACGUCGUGAUCACGCUCGUGCUGAUUGCUGUCCUGGUGGUUGCCAGCGGGCGGUACGGCGAGCGGUGGAUCAUGAUUGAUAUCUCGCUCGUGGCGCUGUUUGGCGCGUAUACCGCGCUCAGCACGAAAGCGCUCUCGAGCCUGCUGACGUAUACGCUCUAUCGGGUGUUUACCUUCCCGAUCACGUACGCGCUGAUCGCGGUGCUUGUGCUGACGGCGGUGAUGCAGGUUAAGUACCUGAGUCGGGCGCUGCAGCACUUUGAUUCCACGCAGGUCAUCCCGACGCAUUUCGUGUUUUUCACGCUCAGUGUAAUCAUCGGCUCUGCGAUCUUGUACCAGGACUUUGACGGCACCUCGCGCGCGAAAACGGUGCAGUUCUUCACCGGCUGUCUAUUGACCUUUGCCGGCGUCAGGCUUAUUACUUCAAACAGGCCCGCGCCGAACGCAGAGGGUGAAGAUGCAGAGUUGGAUGGUGGAGAGAAUGGGAUGAUGCAGGACGAGUUUUAUUCGUCUAUCGCGUCGGUGAAUCUCGAUCGGAGUAACGGCGCGCACACGCCGACGAGUUUCUACGACGAUGAUGAUGACGCGCUUGAGAUUGGUGACGCGGACGCAGUUGUCGCGCGGCGGACGCGCGUGGAAGAUCUGAUUGAGAGCUCGGCAGCGCCUGCUGCCGCUCCUACUACCACUACUACUACUACUACCACCGCCCCGCCGCGCCUUGCAGUCCCAGCAGCGGUCAGACCGACUCCACGCCCGGCGGUGCUAACCGCAGUCACGGACGAGGACGUACCCCUUCUGAACCGGCAGCCGCCGCCGCUGGCGAGGUUUGCCUCAAGCCCCGGGAGUACCUCGCGGUCGUAUGUUCCCGGCGCGGGCAUGGGACUUAUUGUUGACUCUGCGAAUGCGAGCGAGUUGUGA